CGGACUCCUGGGCGGUCCUAGAGCGGAGGUUCUAGUUUCUCUCACGGCUGGGCUCUGCUACCUUAGCUAUCACCUGUAGUUGGCCGGAAUGCGGAUGGAUCUUCGAUUCCGUUCUUGUGACAAGAUACAGCUGAGCCGACCAGGUAUAAAGCAGCUACCGCUGCAAGGCGUUGUACUGUGCCAGUCUUGUCAUAGGCAAAGCCUUUGCUGUACCCGAAAUAUUAAUCUCCUGGAGAAGAGAAAAAAAGCCACCAACGAGGAUGCUAUUUGACCAGUUAGGAACCUACUAUAGUCAUACCAGCAAGACAUGGUGAUGUGGACUUGGGAGAUGGCAGAGUAUCUACAAAACAGAAGACCAAUUUCAGAGAGGAAGAAAUGAGGACAUAAAGCUAUUAAGGAAUAAUAAAGGUCCACAAUCUCUGCUCUGCAAUUCCAAAAUAAGACAAAAACAGAAAGCACUCUGAAACCCAAAAGUGUUUUACACAUUUGGCACCAGGACUAUUUGGCAACAAAACCUACCAUGAGCAAACAAGGAGCCUCUGUUUUCUUAGCAUUCAGAUCCAUCCAUCACACAUGACUCUGUUAUUUGCUGACAUUUUGUGUCUUGAGGAUUAAUUGUAUUGGAAAAUGUCCAAAAGAGUUAAAGAUAUACCUAUGGGUAACAGUGAAAGGAAGAAAAGGAAGCACCUGUCCUUGUCAAUAGCUCAGAAAGUGGAGUUAUUGCAGAAGCUUGAUGCUGGUAUGUCCGUGAGACAUCUUACUGAAGAGUAUGGUGUGGGAACCACCACCAUAUACGACUUGAGGAAGCAGAAAGAUAAGUUGCUAAAAUUUUAUAGUGACAGUGAUAACCAAGAGCUAAUGAAAAAUAGAAAAACAUUGCAUAGGGCCAAAAAUGAAGAUCUUGACCGCGUGCUGAUUGAAUGGAUUCGACAACAAAGAAGUAAACAUAUGCCACUGACUGGUUUGUUGGUCAUGAAACAAGCUAGAAUAUACCAUGAGGAACUGAACAUUGAAAGUGAGUGUGAGUAUUCAGAAGGCUGGCUGCAGAAAUUUAAAAAGCGUCAUGGUAUCAAAUAUCUUAAAAUGCAUGGUGAAAAAGCUUCUGAUCAUGAAACUACUGAAAAUUACAUUGAUGAAUUUGCUAAGAUAAUAUCUGAUGAAAACCUUAGCCCUGAACAGAUUUACAAUGCUGAUGAAACAGCUCUGUACUGGUGUUAUGUUCCUAGAAAAACUUUAACAAUUGCUAAUGAAUGGGUACCAACAGACCUCAAGGAUGCCAAGCAAAGAUUAACUGUUCUUGGAUGUGCUAAUGCUGCAGGAACACACAAGAUAAAAUUGGCAGUGAUUGGAAAAAGCCUAAAUCCAAAGUGUUUAAAAGAUGUAGGCAGUUUACCUGUGCAUUACUAUGCAAACAAGAAAGCGUCAGUGACAAGAGAAAUCUUUUCUGACUGGCUCAAUAAGUACUUUGUGCCAGCAGCACGAGCUCAUUGCAAACAAGCUGGACUGGCAGACAAUUGCAAAAUUUUACUAUUUCUAGACAACUGUUCUGCACAUCCUCCUCCAGAACUUCUUGUGAAAAGUAAUGUCUUCAGCAUUUACCUUCCCUCUAAUGUGACAUCUAUAAUACAGCCUUGUGACCAAGGAAUUUUACGUUCCAUGAAGAGCAAGUAUAAACAUUUUUUUUUGAACAGCAUGCUUGCUUCAGUUAACAGAGGCCUGAAAAUCCAGGAUUUCCUUAAAGAAUUUAGUCUUAAGGAUGCCAUCUAUGCAGUUGCUAAUGCUUGGAAUGAUAUUGAUAAGUCAACAUUAACAAAUGCUUGGCACAGACUGUGGGCUGCAAUGAUGUUUGAAAAUGAACUUGCUGAUGAAGCUUUCGAAGGAUUUAAGGACUCUAAUGAGAAGAUAAUGAUAUCAAAACUCAUUACCUAUGCCAAAAGUUUAUCAGCUGAAAGUGUAAAUAAGUUAGAAGAAGCUGACAUUGAAGAAAUACUGAACAUUGACAGUGAUGCACCUGUUGUGCAUCCUUUGAGUGAGAGGAAAAUUGCUAAGAUGGGCUUGGGCAUAGAUCAAUAUGAAGGUAGUAGCAGUAAUGACGAUGACAUUGUGAGCCCAGAUGAAAAAAAUCUCUAUAGACCAAAUGGUGAAAAUGUGUGACCAGUUAAUUGCUGGCCUUGAACAAUGUACAUUUAUCAGUAAACAAGAGAUCAUGGCAGUUUACUCAAUUAAAGAGAAACUACUUAGACAGAAACCUGUGUUAAGGAGACAAAUGACACUGGGAAAAGUUUUAAAAAGCUCUCUGUAUUAAUGCUUCUUCAUUACUUGAGAAACUUUCUGGUUCAUCUACAUAUGUUCAAUUGCAACCUAAUUUUGUCAACAAUGGUGACAUUAAUGUAACCAUUCUUCCAAGAUUCUCAAGCAACCAGAAUUGAUGAAUAUUUAUUGCAUGUAUAUAUGUUGUGGGUCACUUUUCAUCAGCAAUUUUUUACAUAAAAAUGUCCUUGAAAAUGAGAAGCACUAUCAAAGU